AUCAUGGUUGCAUAGAUCUGGGCGUUCAUUAUAACAUGAACAACCCCUAGCAUGGGGAUAUUCGGUAAAGGUGCGCUUUGCUCCGGUCGCUGCCUCACCGGGCCCCGCGGUUCGAACACCCGGCCGGAGAAAGAGGAGGUAGACCAACCAGCGCGCCGACCCCGCUUCAAGUUCUUAUCAAAAUGGUUCCGUUCGGAAAGCCGCCAAAAUGUUCAUGUCUACCACCCACCAAUCGUUGUAACAUUUGAGGAUGCUCUUAUAACAGAGGGUCUGUUAGUCCCGGGCUCAAACGAACACCCGGUGCUAAACAUCUGUAGCGGGUUCCUUAAUGAGGAACUGGGGCACUACAAAAGAAUGCGGUACCGGUCUUACGGUAGGUCAAGGUGGGACGACGUGUUCGCUACCCCCGGGGUUCUGAGAGUGGCCCAGGAGAUGGACGUGAACGAGCCGAUCGUGGACGAGCUGCCGGUGUCCCUGUGGUUGGGUUGUGUGGAGCCCAUCCUCCCCGCCCUCAUUUCUCUCAGUCAGAUGCAGCGUCGGAGGACCAACCUCAGCAAAUACAGGCCCUCGGCGACACCAAUGCCCGACCCAAAUGAAAACCCCACGGACCACGGGGACUUCGAUAGGGAGCCUUGGUUCAAUGUGAUUGGCCCCCAGCACGCGGGGAACGUCCCUCUACCCCCAACUGACGAGGUGCGACCCACGGAUAUGAUAGAGAAUGGACUCACGGAGGAGAAAAUGCGGUGGUACGAUCUUGUGACGGCUAACAGAGGCAGACAAAACGUGCGAUCUAAAUGCACGAGGAUCUCGCACCCUCCCGGGGUCACCCAAGGUUAUACCCGGGUCAUUCAAAUACGGGUCGAUCCACCGGAAGAAGAAGCGGAAGAAAUGAACAGCUAUCAUUCAGAAUCGGAGUCGGGAGACGAAGGAAACUACGACCUUAUUCAAGCUCUUUUUGAAGAAUAGUUGCAUUUUAUAAUCUUUUUUAAUCUAUGAAUUUCGCAUGAAUAGCCGUCAAAGACGAUAUUUUCAUUUUUUUUUAUUGGUGCACAGGAGAAACUAUAUUGAACAAAAAAUAAUUUUUAGAAAUAUAUAGUAUUCGUUUCCGUAAGAAAUUCACUUGAAUGUCGUGAAGUAUUCAUAUUUUCCAAACUAUCUGUUUAUGUACAUGUAUAGAUUGUCAAUGAAUUAUGAAUAUGCAUAUAUGCCAUUAUGCAAUAUAUUCAUACAUGUAAAUGUAUAGAGCGUUUAAUUAUAUUAGCGUAGGUAUAUAGCAAGUAAUUGUGUAUACAAUUAAUUACGGUAACCAAUACUAUUUUUCUAUAAAUUUAUGGGUUUUUUUUAUCAUCAUAAUUUUUUGCAUGCGUCAUUGUUAAAUGUGUUAAUGUUUAUUUUUCAAAAGAUGUAUAGGUAUUUCAGUGUUAUUAUCUCUUCAUAUUUAGGGGGGGUCAAAUCAUUUAAU